ACGCCCCGCCCUGUCCGUGACGAGCUCGUACGGGGCCUCCGCCCCAUCCCCCUCCCGCGCGGGCCCCAGCGCUCUGCCUCUGCCGUUCCCCGCCCCAUCGCCUCUGAGGCUGCCCUAAUAGCUGCCUGAUCCAAGGCCCAGCAGCGUCUGCUUUCCUGACCCCCGCCGACGGACAGAGGCAGGCCACUUGCAGGAACGGUGCGCUCUCGGUCCACGUGGCCGCUCCGGAGCAGGUUGGAGUGGGCAGCAGGCGGCGCUGCGGGGACAGGCGCGGCGGACAGCCCCGGGGACAGCGGCGGGGUCCUGGCUGGGAGAGGACAGGGUUGCGGCGGGCGGAACGGUGUCUCCUUCACUUCGCCCUCCAGCCGCUGCAGCUGUAGCUCGACCGCGAACUUGCCGAGUGGUUUCAGCAGCUAGCGGAGCGGUGGCGGCGGCCCCCCUCAGGAGACCACCAGAUCUCUUCUUCCCGCGGCCUCGCCAUGGCUACCCACGGACAGACUUGCGCGCGGCCUAUGUGUAUUCCUCCAUCAUAUGCUGACCUUGGCAAAGCUGCCAGAGAUAUUUUCAACAAAGGAUUUGGUUUUGGGUUGGUGAAACUGGAUGUGAAAACAAAGUCUUGCAGUGGCGUGGAAUUCUCAACGUCUGGCUCAUCUAAUACAGACACUGGUAAAGUUACUGGUACCUUGGAGACCAAAUAUAAGUGGUGUGAGUAUGGUCUGACUUUCACAGAAAAAUGGAACACUGAUAACACUCUGGGAACAGAAAUCGCAAUUGAAGACCAGAUUUGUCAAGGUUUGAAACUGACAUUUGAUACUACCUUCUCACCAAACACAGGAAAGAAAAGUGGUAAAAUCAAGUCCUCUUACAAGAGGGAGUGUAUAAACCUUGGUUGUGAUGUUGACUUUGAUUUUGCUGGACCUGCAAUCCAUGGUUCAGCUGUCUUUGGUUAUGAAGGCUGGCUUGCUGGGUACCAGAUGACCUUUGACAGUGCCAAAUCAAAGCUGACAAGGAGUAACUUUGCAGUGGGCUAUAGGACUGGGGACUUCCAGCUACACACUAAUGUCAAUGAUGGGACAGAAUUUGGAGGAUCAAUAUAUCAGAAAGUAUGUGAAGGUCUUGACACUUCAGUAAACCUUGCUUGGACAUCAGGUACCAACUGCACUCGUUUUGGCAUUGCAGCUAAAUAUCAGUUGGAUCCUACUGCUUCCAUUUCUGCAAAAGUCAACAACUCUAGCUUAAUUGGAGUAGGCUACACUCAGACGCUGAGGCCUGGUGUGAAGCUUACACUGUCUGCGUUGGUAGACGGGAAGAGCAUUAAUGCUGGAGGCCACAAGCUUGGGCUUGCCCUGGAGUUGGAGGCUUAAUCCAGCUGAAAGAAACCUUUGGGAAUGGAUAUGAGAAGAUUUGGCCUUAAUAUAUUUCCAUUGUGACCAGCAGCAGGCUUUUUCCCCCCAAGAUGAUGAUCAGAACAAAGGAUGAUCUCAACAAGAGCUGUAUUUCAAAUAUUUAGACAGUUCCUUGUUAGCUGGUUUCUAGUUGAAUUGGUUAUCUAGUUACCAAUGCUGCAGUCCUGCAGUCACCUAUACAUUAUUUAAAUGUAUUUAACUGUUAAAUGUGCUACCCACCAAUAAUGAAAUAGACCUUUAUGAAAACUGUGCAA